AUGGCGAAUCGUUUCAAGCCAUCAAUACCAGCGGAGGGAGAGACGAAAGAUGAAAUUACGACGAUCAAAUUUUGCAAGCCACUUCCAUUUGUGUUUUGGGCUCAUUGCUGUUCUUGUUUGAGGUGCAAAAGGCGUUCGAACAUAGGCGUCGAGAACAAUGAUUUCGCAUUUUUUGGUGGAAGUGGAGAAGAUAAGAUCAAACUCUGCUUUGAACAAGUGCUAUGGCACAACAAUCAGCCACCGAAACCGAAGAGAAAGUAUAAACCAAGCGGAACAAAUCCACGAGGACCACGAGCAGAGCUGCCACGUAUCGAUCCUGAAUUCAAGGCAAUUGUCGAAGGUCUUGACGACUAUCAUCGUAUCGAUUGGCCCAACAACAAAGAUUUCUGCAAUGGCCUUAAGCAUUUGACCAAUCAGUACACAGAUAACGUCGUCACCAAUCUUGAAACGCAUGCUAACAAACACAUCACCCAGUACUUGGUACUGAAAGUGUUCGAAUUGAACUCAAACUUGGAAGAAGAUGGAGAGAAAUUUUUGCCGAAUGACAUCGAAAAUGUUGUCAAGUUGAUCAUCAAACAAAAAGAUAUCAAAGUGCCAAGAGGCGAUCCAAACAAACUUGUACGGUGUGAGGUGUUGUAUGAUAUCGUGAGAGAUUGCAAUGUAUUCCCAGAAAUCGAUCUGCAUGACCUUACAACUGACCCAAAACAUUGGUAUAAGGCCAUGCCAAUGUAUCUAUCCAUGCAGCGCGAGAUAGAAGAGUACAAUUCGGAGUGGCCACAUCAGCGCCGACCCAAACGCAAGAAAAGAAAGCGAAAAAAGACAAAAGGAAAAUGGAAACGCAAGCGCAGCCAAAUGCUCGACAACCCAGAUUUUCGGCCAUUGAUUCGAAAUUUAGUAGUGGUGCCGAUGUGUGAUUUCCGGCGUACGCACUUCAGAAUCGAUUGUUCAUCCAUGCACCAGGUGUUGUCUUCGCAAAAAUUGCUACCGAAAGUGGAAAUCGAGAAUAAAAAAGGAACAACAAGCACGAAAACGAUUCAACAAAAGGAUUUCAAUCAUUCGAGAGAUUAUUGGUGGAAUCAGUAUUUUUACAUGCGAAAAAUUCGACGAUUCGUGCGUGCCAAAAAGCAGUUUGACUAUUCCAUAAACACCGAUGGAAUCUCUGUGUCUCUCCAGUACUCGGCCAAAAAGAAGACAGCCAACAAAGAAAUCGACCAAAAAUCUCGCAUUAUUCAGAAGAUUGAGGAUGGCACAAUCAAAAAUUUUUCAGGCGUUGAUAUAGGUGUGCGAAGUUGGAAUACCACAACAACACACGACAUUGAAACUGGCAAAGAAACCAACUUUGUAAUGUCGAGCAAGCAAUUCCACUGGCAAACAGGUCAAAAGGUGCGAAAUGCCAAAGCAGCGCGAUGGACCAAAAAUUUCGUCGAAAUGGAGCGCGUAGACAGAGAAAACCGUGAUCUGUAUCCAGUGAUGCCGUCGCCAAAAGGGUCAAUGUGGCUGAACUACAUCAAACACCGAGUCAAGAUGAUGAAGCAUGGAAUCUGCGCUUACUCGACUGCCAAAUACACUCGACUCGCCUUGGACAAACACAUCAAGAGCAGUAGUGUUGUCGACGAAUGGGUGAAUAAGGUGACCGAUAAGAAACCGACUCUGUUCUUUUUUGGUGCUGAUGGCGAAAUACCACCUGAUAGCCCAAUAAGUAUCAAGAAGCACGUGCGCUGCCCAGGGGUGCGUAAGACUUUGAGGUCAAUAAAGAAGCGCCGAGAUUGUUUCAUACAAUUGGUGGACGAAUGGGGAACAUCUCAAACCGACGCAAGAUGUAUGAAUCGAUUCCAAAACCAGAACAAAGCGGCCAGAUUCAAGAAAUGCCGAUGCGUACCCGACGCCAGAACAUUGCUGCCAACGAAAAUUGUGUCAAAGUUGGGCAAAACGGAUCUAUCGAUCUACCGACAGUUGCAACGCGCCAUGAACGAAGAAGCAUUGGUAGGAGCUAGGGGCUUAUGUGUCGUACGAAUCAGUGUGAAUCAGUGCGAAUCUCACGAGUCAUUUCAAAACAUAUGGGCAACUGCACGAAUCUUACGAGUUUAUAUGAAGAUUCGCGAGUCCUUCACGAGUCUCUCAUAUAAAUUGGCGAAUCACUGAACGAAACUAUGAAAUGUCAACGAGCAUGCCAGUUGAACUCACAAUUCACUCAAUAAUCGCCUACUAAAUCAACUUUUUGUCAUUAAAAAUAUUUAUAUUGUCACAUUUUGACUGCAAGAAAAUUAAAAUUAAUACAAAAUUUUAAAAUGGUUGGUUUCGAAAUGUUUUUUUUAUUUUUUAAAGGCAGACAAUAAUGUAUUUGAUGUUUUGGGUGUUGAAAUCCCGAGAAAAAAACAGUCUUUGCUUGUCGAUCGACUUUGGCUCUUAUUUACAUAGAGAAUAUCGCUGAAAUUGGUGGAAUUCAUAAACGAAAAUCGUGAAAUGUUAGUUGAAUCUAUUUAUGAAAAUAUUAUUCCAUCCAAAUUUUUGGCAGCGCAUCGAAUCUUCAUACGGAAUAUGUCAAGUUAUAUAGAUCAACUAAAAAAUCGUGAAUUUGAACACAAAAUGGAUUUAUCACAAUUCCCGAACCCAUCAAAAUGCUUCAUUCAAACAAUUCAAUCUGAUGAAAAUAAAAGUGUCGAAGCAUUUUUUUUACACUGAACACAUUAAGUCAUUCUCCACAUAUAUUCAUAUGAUGUAUGGCAAAUCUUGUUAUAAAUCAUUAAUGGUUGACUUGCCCAUUCCAAAAAUAAGUGCAGUUCGUAUGUUUCAUAAAACAUUUCGUGGAUCUUAGUUCCAUUGUCAAUUUAAUACAUUUCAUUUUCAAUUCACAUCCAUUCCAGUUGCCUAUAUUAAACAGAAUAAGAAAAAAAUUAUAGAACACAAGCUGAGAUCCGAAUGGUUUGCAAUGUGUAUAUAAGCUAAUUUGCAUCGACUCGCGGAUUUGCUAUAAAUGCCAUACACUUUCUAUGCUAUGACUUGUGUAUAUAUUUGUAUGAAUUCGUUCGAGUCUUCACGAAUCUCCGUAAAUUGGUGCGAGUCAGUGCGAGUUACUUGCAAUUCAGCGCAAAUCAUUUUUAAUUUACAUGAAAAUCAUACGAGUCUUGCUGACUCGUGACGACAAAUAAGCCCCUAGGGUAGGAGACGAGCGUUUAUUCCCAAAAGUAAAAUGUUACUACAAAAACUGGCGAUUAAACCUCGAAUGCUCUGUGAUUUGGCAUCGUGACGUCGUGGCUGCUAAGAACAUUCUACUGAAAGGACUAUGGACAUUACUGGGACUUCCGAUACCAGAGGCGAUCAAUAGGUAUUGUCGCGAAGCUGCUGAAGCAGCCGCUGCUGCUGCCGCUAGAGCAACCGCUGAAGCAGCCGCUGCUGCUAUCGCCAUCGUGGAUAAUGAUGUAGAAAUGUUCGAGUACGACCAGCAGCCAGCUGAUCAUGCUGUCUAAUCAGCACAUUGCAAACAAAAAAAACAAAUGUAACAUUAGUUAUUAAAGGCUAUCCCGAUCAUGUGGGAUAGUUGCGUUGAAGCAAGUUGACUCCCCAUCUGGUUGAUGUUAACUGCGCAGGAGUACUCUAGUGGGUCGUUUAGAUUAGCUGAACACCCUAUGUGAAUAGUAGAACGAUAGAUAUUUGGAUUUGAACCGAAGAAGAGAUUUAUAAAAUUACUCACAUUAAAUUUUGAAACAAUUGUCGGUUAAAAUAUUAUUUAUUUAGAUAUGACUUGUACAAUUUAACAUUUGCCAUGAUUUAAUUUAUUUAAUAGUUAUAACUAAAAAACCGCAGAUAUUUCUCAAAUUGGUGAUAUAAUUUUUUAGUUACGCGAUUGAAGGGAAGGAAUACGCCCAUAUCAUCGAUUAGCUGUGCUUUACUACUCGGAUGAAAUUUGUCGGCUUUUCCCGAUUUCAAAUUAUCCAGGAACAUCUGGUAAUUUCGUUCAUCAUAAACAAUGCGAUAGAAUCCAGAUUGUUGUUUAUUAAAAAGUAUCCAAUCGUUUGAUGUCCAGUUUUUAUGCUUCGUUUUUUUGCUUAUCAUUUUUCGCGUUUUCCACGAAACUUACGAUAAGAGAUAACUGAUAACUGUCUGGAGAGAAAUUGUAAGGGACCUCAUGCACUAUAAAUUUGCUAAAGACGCUAGGUCGUUAUCUCUAAAAAAAUAAUAAAAAAAAAUAAUAUAAUUAAUGAAGCCGAUUUUUGAUAUUUGAUCUUGUUUCAUAGUCACACACCACUGAAAAUGACUUCAAGGUUUCAUAUGAGUAUGAUAUAUACAUGCGAUAUAUACAUAGUAUAUAGGGAUUCACGUUAUAUCGCAAGUGAAUUGCUUACGCGCUACGCGCAAACGAAAUUAUACCUUGGCCCGGUAGGAUUCCACGUUAAAUAUCAAGUGCACUGCAUAUAUGAUGCUUCGGCAACUCACGAAUCGCCAAAGCAAGUGAAAUGCCAAAUCCACGAGUGUGCCGACAAGUCCACUGCUCCAUUGAGUAGCACUUUUACGACUCGACCAUUUCUAGA